GGAUCUUGAUCUUCCGAAACAAAAGUGAGCAAUUCUGUCUGCCCCACAAAAAGAUAACAGAAAGAGGCGAGGGUGUGAUAAAUAUGCCCUCAACAAAGUUCCCCAAGGUGGGCAGCCGCGUAAUCAAGUCGUUGAACCAGACAAAGUGGAGCCAAAACAUAAAACGUCCCUGACCCUUCGCAUUCAAUCACCCAUUUCUCAACUUCUUAUUAUAUUUUAGAUCGAGGCAAAUCCCGUGAAGCUCACAGAUCCACCAUUUCUCUGUUUCUCGAGAUUAGUAACUUAGGUUGUCGCUGAAAAGGAAAAUCCAGGCAGGCUGUGAUUUUGAAACUGAUCUAUCGCCUUGGAAUUGGCGUAAAUAUUAGCUCUUUGAGAAGAGUUCAGAUCCGAGGCAACAGCAAUGUCUUUCACCGGCACCCAACAGAAAUGCAAGGUUUGUGAGAAGACAGUUUAUCCGGUGGAGCAGCUAUCUGCUGAUGGGGUUGUUUACCACAAGUCUUGCUUCAAGUGCUCCCACUGCAAGGGGACGCUAAAGCUCAGCAACUAUUCCUCAAUGGAAGGGGUUCUGUACUGUAAGCCUCAUUUCGAACAGCUCUUCAAGGAGACUGGUAGUUUCAACAAGAAUUUUCAGUCACCAGCUGCAAAGUCAGCUGAGAAGCCAACUCCAGAGCUGACUAAGUCACCCAGCAAAGCUGCCAGCAUGUUUUCUGGGACACAAGAAAAAUGUGCUACCUGUGGUAAAACAGCUUAUCCACUGGAGAAGGUGACUGUGGAGAGCCAGGCCUAUCACAAGUCAUGUUUCAAGUGCUCUCAUGGUGGCUGUCCUAUAACCCCAUCUAAUUAUGCAGCCCUGGAGGGCAUUUUGUAUUGCAAACACCAUUUCUCCCAGCUUUUCAAGGAGAAAGGGAGCUACAACCAUCUUAUCAAGUCUGCAUCAAUGAAACGUGCAGCAGCCUCCGUUCCAGAGGCUUAGACUCCCUAUCCGUGAAUUAUGGUUUGACUACAUGGCUUUCUUUUUGUUUCUUGAGCGUGUUUCAUCUUCAUUCUCAUCUCAAUGGUGGAGAACUGGCAAAACUUGGUUCUUCUCUGUGUUCCGUUUUUAGCUUGUCGGUGUUGAGCAUACCGUUGUGUUUGCUUGAUAUAUGGGGGAUGCUAAUGCCACCUUUGUAAAACGGACUAAUUUGCAGAACUUUACGAGC